CUGAGAGCCCGGCUCAUCAGUUGGAACUAUGUUCCUACCUAAAUAGUUGUCUUGUGGAGUAACGCCCAAGCGGAACGCAAGAUAAUGAAAUAUGGAUCUUGGCCCACUAGAGGUUUCGCCGGAAAUCUCCGAAUCAAUAUCGAGGGUUAUUGAUUUGUUAAAAAUAGUGGGAGAUAAUUAAUUAAAGGCCUAAUUAAUUAUUAAACAUGAUAGAUAACCUAGUUUGCAAAAUUUUCUAUAGAUGGCAAACAACAACAACCCUUUCAACCUGCGUUACAUCCUGGAAAACAACAAGUUAUCCGAGACCAACUUUCUUGACUGGGAGAUGAACCUCCGGAUCGUUCUUGACUGUGAGAGGAAACUCUACAUCCUCGAAAUGGAUCCUCCCAAGACCCCUGAUGCUGAUGCUCGUGCGUUCGAACUCACUUCCUUCAAGAAGUAUGAGGACGACGCGCGAGAUGUAAAGUGUAUCAUUAUGGCCAGUAUGACCGCGGAGCUCCAAAGGCUCCACGCGGACAUGGAAGUGCGUACUAUUAUACAAUGCUUAAGAGAGCUUUACCAGGGUCAGCCCCAAAACUCAGGAAUUUACGUUAUCGAAGUCAAUAUGUCUGAUAUCACCUCUUGGGUGAUAGAUACUGGAUGUGGUUCUCACAUCUGUACUUCUAUGCAGAACUUGCAUGAAUCUAGACAAUUGACGGAGGGAGAGAUACAACUAAAAGUCGGCAAUGGCGCACUCGUCUAUGCAUUGGCCGUCGGAACCUAUAGUUUAUCUCUACCUAGUGGUCUUAUAUUGCAUUUGAAUAAUUGUCUGUUUGUACCUAGUAUGAGCAGAAACAUCAUUUCUGUAUCCUGCCUUGACAAAGCAGGAUUUUCGUUCGUUGUAAAAGACAAAACUCUUUCUGUCUUUAGAAAUGAUAUAUUUUAUGCAAGUGCAAAAAUGACCAACGAUACUGACGACAACAUAGCCGAUCCCCUGACCAAGCCCUUAGGAAAGCUAAAACAUGAGGGUCACACUAGGUCCAUGGGCAUUCGACCGAUGCCAGAUUGGCCAUAGUGCAAGUGGGAGAUUGUUGGAGUUGUGCCCUGAUGGCCAACUGUUUAUCGUUAUUCUAUCAUGUAUAGGCAGAUAUAAUAUGUUUACACAUCUCAUGCUAAUGUAAACAAAUAUUAUAUUCCUAGAUUUAUAUUUAAAAGAUGUUUAUCAGAUAGUGUUCUUCUGCUGAUGAGACUAACAUCUUGAAAUAAAUAUUUAUCUAAAUG